AUGGAAGCGAACCGCGGUGAGCGACGGGGCUCGUACAUAUGGGGCAGGAGCAUCCACAAUGUUCGCAUCGAGCGUCUCUGGGUCGAUGUCACUGCACAAGUCGGUGCAAAGUGGGCGGAAUUUUUCACGACACUCGAGGUUCAUUAUGGCCUUGAUCUCAACAACGACAAUCACAUCUGGCUCCUACAUCUGCUCUUCCUCGAUCGCAUCAAUGACGAGCUUGCCUUCUUCGCUGAUGGUUGGAACCACCACCGAAUCCAAAUCCGAGAUGGGCCCAAUCGCUCGCCCAUAGACAUGUUCGUCUUCGACAUGCUCGUUCAUGGAGUACGUGGAGAUCAAUUGCCCGAUGAAGCUCAGACUAUGGAGGAGCUGGAGGUGUAUGGUGUCGACUGGGAGGCACUACGCGAGGAUCGUCUUUUGCGUGCCUACCAUCAGAACAACACCCAAACCGAUGGUGCAUCGUCAUGGAUUGGUAGGGUUGGUCCACCCGAGCGGCUGAACGAGGUCGAGGUUGAACCUCCCGAGGAGCCAGGAGUUGAUGCUUUGGACAGAGUCAUUGGUGUCCUAGCACAGGCGAUUGAGCCGUGGUCGGCUCAUGCAGAUCAAGCAAGUCUAGCAGCCUGCUGGGUGAAUGCAUUGGCAUACCUCCAGAGCCAGUAUAUGGAUAUGUUUUGACAGUCG